AUGCAUGUGAAGAACGUCGUCCACUCCAACAAGGGCUGGCUUCUUAACGUGGAUGUGUACGUACUGCAACACGACACUGUACAUUGUACGCCCGUGGCCAAGAUCAGCACGCCCCUGCGAAAGACGUUGCUGAUCACCCGCAGCCACUUGCUCAGGAACGCAGAGGACCCUGACAUGUCAUUCAAACAACCGUACAAACCCGUGUUGCCAAGCCAGAUGGAGUGGUGA